AUGCAGUUUAAAGAACCAUCAAAGUGCAGAUUGCAGAGUCUUUAUCAAACCUACAAGAAAUGCCAAGAAGUGGGUCAAGAAGUUGAACAGUCAGUUAAUGAUUACAAUGCAAACAAAGGUGAUGUCGUUGCCAAAACUCCAACUUUGUCAUCUAAACCGCCAUCCCCUAAGCAAAAUUGCUCUGGUGCACGCCUGGAAAAUGCAAAAGAGGAUGAUGAUGAGUUUCAUUUGGAUGAUGAAUUGGACAACAUCGAUCCCAGAAGUAUUAGUCAAUCCGCAAACAUUUUGUUGGGAAAGGCUAAAGGUGUCAAAGGUAGGAAAAGCAACCGCAAGAAGAGAGAAGACAGGGCCAAAGAGAAAGGGAUUAUUAGCGUGUUGGAUUUCUUGAAAAAAGCCAAGGGAGAUGGAUUCUCCCUUGAAGCUAAUGGCUUUGCGGGUGGAUUGGCAACCUUAUGGGACCCUGAUAAAGUUUUCAUUAAAUUGAUUCGGAAAUCAGAGAAUUGGAUUUACUGCUGGGUCAAAUUUUUAAAAGAAGACCUCGAGUUUCCAUUGUUUAAUGUGUAUGGACCUACCAAAACAGAGGACAAACUCAAAGUAUGGACUGAAAUUAUAGAGCAAAUCAAAACUACAGUUUGGGAGAAAGUGAUGGUGGCGGGGGAUUUCAAUGCAUUGCUUGAUAUUGAUGAAAAGAAGGGAGGAUUAAGAAUGUCCAAGCAAGCUAUGCAAGACUUCAGGGACUUUGUUUCCAACAAUCAUCUUUUUGAUGUGGUAUCGAAAAACGGAUGUUUUACUUGGACUAAUAGAAGAGCAAAGUUUGCAAGCAUUUCGGAGAGGCUUGAUAGACUUUUUGUAGGAGCGUUCUGGAUCAAAUCCUCUUUUAACUUGGAAUCAAGUAUCUUGCCUAUUUCCCUCUCUAAUCACUUCCUGGUUCAGACUUGCUUCAAUGCUUCUCAAGCAAAGGUCAAGGGGAAUUUCAAACGAUUUCUUAGCAGAAAAACAGUUAAAAAUGAUCUUUCUGAAAUUCUGCUUCAAGAGGAAAUCUAUUGGCAUGAAAAAUCAAGGGAAUUGUGGAUUAGCGCAGGAGAUGCGAAUACCAAGUUUUUUCAUGAAUCGGUAAAGGCCAAACGAGGUAAAAAUAGAAUUGACUCCAUCAAGAAUUCAGAAGGGUUGCAAUUCUCAAAGAUAGAGGAGAUUGAGGAAAUUGCAGUUGAAUAUUUCAAACAGAUUCCGAGAUUGGUGGAUGGCCAAACACAUGGCAGUUUCUCAAAUUUGUUGGAGGUUAUUGAUAGAGAAGUAACUCCGGAGGACAACAAAUAUCUGAUGCGCCCUUUCACGAUCAAAGAAAUCAAGGACGCCACUUUUGCACUCCAUCCCCACAAGGCACUAGGCCCGAACGAGGUGACUAUGGAGUUUUUCCAGAAGUGUUGGUGCUUAAUGGGAGAAGACAUCUGGAAGGUUGUUGAAGAAUUCUGCAAGAAAGGUAAGUUUGUCAAACAAAUCAACAACACCAUGAUCGCAUUAAUUCCCAAAAAGAAGACUUGUGAGACCAUGGUCGAUUACAGACUAACCACGUUGUGCAAUUCUUUGUACAAAAUCAUAUCCAAGGCAAUGGUCAAUAGAUUGAAGAUUAUUCUGGACAAAUUGAUCAUACCUAAACAACAUGGCUUCACACCGGGGAGGGAGAUUGCAGACAGUAUUAUCACUGUGGCAGAGACAAUUCAUACCAUGAGUAGAGACAUGAAGCAUGGAAUGAUUGUGAAGCUAGAUGUUAGCAAAGCUUAUGAUCGGGUAAUUUGGACCUUUCUGUUUUCUAUUCUAGAGCAAUUUGGUUUUGAGAGAGGUUGGCUAAAUUGUAUCAAACAUUAUGUUUCUUCUAUAUGCUACUCGAUCAUUGUUAAUGACUCGGUGUGCAGUUUUUUUCAUGCCACUAAUGGGUUAAGACAAGGAGAUCCCCUGUCACCCUUCCUGUUUGUUCUGAUGGCAGAAGCUCUUGGUAGAAAUAUUAAAAAGUUAGUGGUUUUGGGUAGCUGGAGGGGCGUUUCAAUUCAUGAAGAUCUAAAUCCUAUAUCUCAUUCAUAA